UAUCACACAAAACAUACUGUAUUUGUCCUGAAAAGAAAAUGAUGACCGAAAAACAUGAACCGAAAAUUGUCCGAAAUAUUACUGACAAAGAGUGGUCAGAAAUCUUCAACGAUAACAGUUGGCGAUACAAACCAACCGAUCAACUGUUAGCCAUCAAUGGUAAUGGUGAUCAACGACGACCAGUAUCGGUGACCAGAGACAAACCGGUCAAAAUUGGUGAAUACUCGUUGGACAGCAAUCAUCGGAUGGUAUUUGACCGRYCACUGGUCAAGUAUAUACACUUACCCGCGAAUACAGUCAAACCCAUGGAUCUACUGGAAGGAUACGUCCAGGGAAUCRAUUGGACUAAAUCAAUGUCGACUAAUGUCUAUAAAAUGGGCGAAUGGAUUGAUAAGGGUUAUCGCCCGCAGCCGACCGCAUCCUAUGAACAACUGGUGGACACCGAUUUUUUCUGUGGCCGCACACCACUGGCCUAUAUCAUGACRUUUCCKUAUGAAAAAUACGAGCCGUUGAUCAUAACRGCCACAAAGUUUCGCGGAAACAUCUAUUUGUUUGAUUACCGCAAACCACAGCCGCCGCCGGACGAAGAGUUCAAUMGAAUUAGUUUCAGUGGUCAUCGAUUCGAACAAUACAUAACCAGCGAUGACCMGAAUCGGCCAAACGAUUCCCAAGUSUUCAUUAAUGACAGAAGCGGUUACGUYGGUAUUGUUAAGACACAAUUGAAUGACGUAUUCAGCGGUAAGAGUCAUAAGAUAGUCAUCUCGGGUGAAGUCGAUUGCCUGACACGCGAUGCCCGACCCGAGUCRGCUACUGUCGACCAGUUUGUCGAAAUUAAGACAACCACUUCAUUAAAGCCGUUCAAACAGAUGAAAUGGUGGUCUCAGUGCUAUCUCGUAGGCAUUCCUACCAUUUAUUUCGGUUAUAGGGAUAACAACUUCAGAGUCAAUCAAUUGCAACGUAUUUCUGUCGAUUCRUUGCAUAACUACCGAUGUUUUUGGUCACCCAAUGAAUGUCUUAACUUUUUAUACCGAUUCUUGUCGUUUGUCAAACAGGUCGUUGCCGAAGACAACCCGAAUGUUGUCUACCGGUUUGAAUUCAGACCACAAAUUGGUGUCACGUAUACCAAACUGGAAGAACCGGGAAUUUUCCGUAUACUUGACGACAAAUACGUCCAAAAAUAUGCCAAUUAA